AUGUUCAGGAGGGCUCUCUCACAGCGUAACGCAGCGGUCCCAGGUCCAAGAUCGGCGAGAGCUUGCCUACAGCUCCCUAGGGGGCGAUUCAGCUCGACAGUCUCGGCGGCCUCUAGGGCAGCGUAUCGACAACGGUCGUCUGCCAUAGCUGCUGGCGUGGCUGCUACAAGCAUUGCGUUGGCAUACUACACUCUCACGCCAAUACGCGCAGACGAGCUCGUACGCGCUCCUGGCACGACUAUCGAGCAGCCCAGUGGACAAAAGCUCAUAAGCUUUGAGGAAGUUCAGAAACACAACAAGGCAGACGACUGCUGGGUCAUCAUCAAUGGCAAGAUUUAUGAUGUAACAGAUUUCAUGGAGAAUCAUCCUGGUGGGCCAGAGAUCAUACUGGCUAAUGCCGGUAAAGACGCCUCAAAGAUCUUUGGGCCCAUCCAUCCCCCGGAUGCGCUGGAAAUGCUGGACGAAGAACAACACAUCGGUCCUGUCGACCCACUGACCAUGCCCGAGCCUGAAGAGGUGGAGCCGACGGAAGAAGAGCUAGCGAUGGAGGAAGCGAGGGAAGCGAUGCCGGGGGCGGAAAACAUGUUGUUGGUUCAAGACUUUGAGGAUUGGGCGGAGAAGGUGUUGAGUGGGACGGCGUGGAAUUACUAUAAGAGCGCUGCUGAUCGGGAGAAGACUGCGGAUGAGAACCAGGAUGCUUUCAGCCGCUACUACUUUCGUCCCAGAAUACUGAGGGAUGCUACGACUGGUAGUAUGGAGACGGAGUUUAUGGGGAUGAAGACGUCGCUGCCGAUAUUCAUCUCUCCUGCUGCUAUGGCCAAGCUGGGAAACCCUUUGGGUGAAGUCAACUUGACCAAGGGCGCCGGAGCUUGUGGUAUCGUCCAAGGUAUCUCCAUCAACGCCUCCUGCUCCCUCGACGAAAUCAUGCAAUCCCGCAAAGAAAACCAGCCCGUCAUGUUCCAGAUCUACCUCAACAAAGACCGUUCCGCCUCCAUCACCCUCCUCGAAAAAGUCACCCGCCUCGGCGCGGACGCCAUCAUCUUUACAGUCGAUACCGCAUGGAGGAGUAAGAGGACGAGGGAUGUGAGGGCCAAGGCGGAGGUGGCGCCGCCCCCGAGCAGUGAUGGGAUGAAGACGAGUAAGAGUCCGUUGGGCGUUUCGGCGGCGAUCUCGGGGUAUCAGGAUACAAAUUUGACUUGGAAGGAUAUUGAGUUUAUCAGGAGUCAUACCAACCUUCCCAUUAUGGUGAAGGGAGUGCAAUGUGUGGAGGAUGUUGCCCUGUGUGCUGAAGCGGGAGUGCAAGGUGUCAUCCUGUCAAACCACGGUGGAAGACAAUGCGACUACGCUCCAGCACCCAUAGACCUCCUCUACGAAAUGCGCUGCAACCGACCUGACCUCUUUGAGAAGCUCGAAAUCAUGAUGGACGGUGGUGUUCGAUCAGGUGCCGACGUCGUCAAAGCGAUCGCCUUGGGCGCCAAAGCCGUCGGCUUAGGAAGGAGCUUCUUGUAUGCUAAUGGCACACAUGGGGAGGAGGGAGUUGUCAGACUAUGUCAGAUCUUGGCGGAGGAGAUACAGAACACAAUGCGCAACAUAGGAGCGAUGAGGAUAGAAGAUCUGAAACCGGAGAUGGUCGGACCUGCUGGGCCGUGGGUGGGCACGAAUAGGCCGCCGUAUGUGCCCAAGCCAUGA